AUGCCACGAUUAAAAUAUGCAUCAGUGGCAAGAGUGUUCGUCAUACUUGGACUAUUUUGUCUAUGGCUGCAAAUUAUGCUCACAGCGUCUGGCGGAGGAAUGUAUAGAGAUGGAGAUACUAACCCACGUAACACUGAUUCUUCGUCGCUUUUAGUAUUGCCAUAUUAUAAAGAAGAGCUGAUGAACGCCAAUGAUACUUCGGAACAAGUCCUUGCGCUGGUACCGCCUGAGUUACACAAAUAUUUGACAAUACAUCCCAGGAAUGCGACUGCUAAUUCAACAGAGAAAAUAUAUGCGAAGAAUCUGACAGAAAUAAAGAGUGCAAUACGAAGAUACAACGACGCCCAAACCAUAUAUAAUGAAGAUAUAUUCGGUCCAGUGACAAAUGACACUAUUAUUAUUGCCAUACAGGUAAAAAUUGUGCCUAAUCUGAAAACAAUUUUCGGAACCCAAGUCAGCAUAAAAACUCUAUUGUAG